GUCAAAACUUGAUCAAACGAUUAGACCGCGCACAGAGAAACUUCCGCUGUCACGUGAUCCUCAGAAGUACCGGGUCGAGCACUCUGGGACGGUUCUAUGAUUUGGGAGAAGAGGAGUUCGGGAGCCGCCGUGAGAAUAGGAGCGUGUCACGGUCGCUGACGGGCUCAUUUGUUUCCCCGGCAGGAUGAGUCUGCGAGAGAUCAGAGAGAACAUAAAGCUGGCGCGAGAGUACGCCCUGCUGGGGAACUACAGCUCGGCUAGCGUUCUGUACCGCGGGCUGCUGGAGCAGAUCAGAAGAAACAAGCACACUGCCCGCGACGGCAGCGUUCACCCGGGAUGGCAUCAGCUGUGGCAGGAAAUCAGUGUAGAGAGCCAACAGGUCCAGGGAGUCAUAUCCACUCUGGAGAAUCAUCAGCUGGAGCACACGCCUGCUAAAGCCAGUAACCACGAGGACUGGGACAUGAGGCCUCUGCACUCGGAGCAGAGAUUCUCUCCGUGUCCCGUCCGCCGCCCUGCAAACCCCCACAAAGACAGCAAACCGCCCAACAACCGGCUCAGCGCAGCGGUGAAGGCCCAGCAGAGACACUCUCAUCGAGGGCCCACCGGAGAGCGCAACAAAACCCCCAAAGACAAGGAGAAGAAGGAAGCAGCUGGCAAAGCAAAGGAAGAUAAGGAGAAGGAAGUGAAGCGGUUUGAUGGGACGGGAUAUGACAAAGACCUGGUGGAGGCUCUGGAGAGAGAUAUCAUUUCACAGAAUCCCAACGUGAAGUGGGAUGACAUCGCAGACUUGGAAGAGGCCAAAAAGCUGCUAAAGGAAGCGGUGGUGCUGCCCAUGUGGAUGCCUGAAUUUUUCAAAGGCAUAAGAAGACCAUGGAAGGGGGUGCUCAUGGUGGGACCUCCAGGCACAGGAAAGACACUCCUGGCUAAAGCAGUUGCUACUGAAUGCAGAACCACAUUCUUUAACAUUUCUUCGUCCACGCUGACCUCCAAGUACAGAGGAGAGUCUGAGAAGCUGGUUCGUCUGCUGUUUGAAAUGGCUCGCUUCUACGCUCCCACUACAAUCUUCAUAGACGAGAUCGAUUCCAUGUGCAGCCGCAGAGGGACAUCAGAGGAGCACGAGUCCAGCAGACGGGUGAAGGCAGAGCUUCUGGUGCAAAUGGAUGGCGUUGGUGGAGCUUCAGAGAACGAAGACCCAUCGAAGAUGGUCAUGGUGCUGGCCGCCACCAACUUCCCAUGGGACAUUGACGAGGCUUUGAGGAGACGGCUGGAGAAGAGAAUUUACAUUCCUUUGCCGUCAACGAAGGGGAGAGUGGAGCUGCUCCGGAUUAACCUGCGAGAGCUGGAGCUAGCCAGCAACGUGGACCUGGACAAGAUCGCCGAGCAGAUGGACGGCUACUCGGGAGCAGACAUCACCAACGUGUGCAGAGACGCCUCUCUGAUGGCCAUGAGGCGCAUCAUCGAGGGACUCACCCCGGAGGAGAUCCGCAACAUCUCCCGGGACGAGAUGCACAUGCCCACCACCAUGGAGGACUUCGAGUCGGCUUUAAAGAAAGUGUCCAAGUCUGUAUCUGCGGCCGAUCUGGAGAAGUACGAGAAGUGGAUUGAAGAGUUUGGAUCGUGCUGAAGGAGCUUCUCCUCCAAACCAUUUUGAGGAAGUUGUUACAGUGGCCAAACAUCUUUAACUCAAAGACUUUAAGAACUGACCGUUAGAUUUUUUUGGACAUUUACAAGAUAAAGAAAGGACAUUUUGCACUCCGGAACCAAUCCCGUUAUUUCUGCUUUCUUUUACUUGAUUUGUCUGUAAAUGCCUUUUUUGACUGUGAAUUUAAUAAAUUAAAGAAACACUACAAUCUUGAUUUAAAA